CCUUCCUUAAUUGCACGAUACUCCACUGCCCUGGCCCUGCCUUGUGUUAUGAUCUACCCUCUGUCCUACUUUCUACUGCCAAACCCAUCGACUCCCUCUCGCCACCUUUUCUACGACGACCGAACGACAUCCAUGCCAAGGCCGCUUCCCGGGGGAGGAAGGCGGCUACUGCUACAGGGGCGACAACGACGCCAGGUUUCAGCCAGGCCACUGACAUCUCUCCACGAUCAGCAAUGGAAUCAGGUCAUUCAGUUCUCGGCGCGGCACCUCUUCUGUCCUGCCCAUGCAACGACCACGAAAGCAACCUCUGCAAUAGUGAUCAAGGCGCGAAUGCCAGGAACGAUAGUAUCAGAUAUACCUCAUAUCGUCCGAGAGCACAGGAGCGGUAUUGCGGUCCACUCAUUCCUUGCCAGAAGCCUGUCAACAGCGGCAGCUCUCGCCUCCGAUCCGCCAACAGCUUCUUCACCCUACUCUCGAGAGCGCGAGCGCCAUCAACAGCAGCGGCGAGAAGCAAAUAACCGACAAGGAGAGCAUAUGGUUUAUGGAGGUUCAAUAUCCGAGAAAUCCAUGGCGGGAUCGGACGUGGAUCAAACUGAUCGAUCUCCCACAGAACCAGGCAUAGAAUCAUCAUCAUCACCAUCAUCUUCUUCUUCACAAUCGCCACCGCCAACCCCAACGAACAGAUCGAAGCCUCAACACAGCAAGAGCAUCGAUUCAUGGAGGUUCCCGACCAUUACCCUAACAAAUCGAAACCAUCGCCACAAUUACGACCGACCCACAGAUCCGGUCCAGUCCUGGACAUCGGCCGCAAGAACCCUCUCACGAUUUUACAAGGCACUGCACCAGAUCAAAUUCAAACCAGCACAACAUUCGCCAUCAUCAGCAUUGCAAUCAGCAUUAUCGCAUUACAACUCCCUGAGUCGCCUCCAAUCUACGCACGACACGGUCCUGAUUUCGAGGAGAGACACAAGGACGCUUUUUUUACUACAGGGGCGGGAGCCCAAGACGGGCGCGAAUCUGGAGCAGUUGCUGAGGAUUGCAGUAGACCUGAUCUGGUUGAACGAGAAGGAGAGGCAAAGGAAACGGGGUGCGAGCACAGGAUCGGGAUUAAAACCAGUUCCAGAUGCAGCCGCCAGCAGCACAAGUAACAGAAGUGAUAGCGAUAUCCAUUAUACACCGGAAGCCAAGGCGACGGCGACCCCGCUCCCACGUGUUCACAGCUGUGCAGAUGACUAUCACGGCCUCAGGGUGUCUGAGUACACCAUCCUCAUGAACUGGAUCAGCUAUGGAACAGAGGCUUUAGAACCCACAUCCUACAACUGCAGCAGACUAUCCUUAUCAUCAUCGUCAUCUCUAUCUCCAUCAACUUUCUUGCCCCUCAAGCACCAAGGAUCGCCUAUCGAUAAGGCCUGGGCGACCUGGCAAGACUUCUUGCUCACAGGAAUGAAGCCUGAUGUGGUCUUGUAUACAGCCAUGUUGAACACGCUGCUCCGGACCAAGGAGUUCGAUCGCGCGGGCCAGCUCUGGAGCCAUAUGCACCACCAGGACGGCCACGAACAUCGCCACCUUCAUCAUCAAGGCGAGCCGUCCGAUCUGUCUAGCGAUAGCAAGGUCGAUACUAUAGAGGACCCGGGUCUUGUAUCCAAACCCUUGGACCUCGAAACCAUUUCCGUCUCUCCUUCCAGCAGCAGAAAUGUCAACACGCCAUCUUUAAGAACCGAGCUUCAGAAUCCUGGUUCAUCGCACCUUCCGGACAUGGACCCCCGAUCCCGUCAUCAACAUUAUUUGCGAUCAUCAUCGAAGGGGUCCUGGAGCCGAGCGAGCGUAACACCGAAUGUCCAGACAUUCUCGGUGCUCAUGCAGACCCAUGUCCUUAACCGCGAUUUGCAGGGAGUUUCGCAGACCUACAAGGCAUUGCUUCAGCAACAACAGGCCUUUUCGCAAUCUGGAUCACACAGCCGCCAUCAACAGUACCAGCGACGUGCGAACGCUACUGUGAUGAAUCAAGUCUUGAGAGUCCUUGUCGAUAUGGGGGAAUCCAAGGCUGCAAAGGAAGUUUAUGCAGAAAUGAGGACGGAUGGCCCAGAAAGCAGUGGUGGUAGCAGCGAGGGUUACACCCUACCCGCGAGAGAAAUGUUAGCACAAGAAGGAACGCCUGAGCCGGGAAUGUCUUCACCAUCGCCAUUUAAUCACGCCGCUGCCCUUUCCUCUUCACCAGUAUUUACAAAACCGCUCCAUCACCAGCUGUUUCUGAGACGGUCGGAUUGGAGACGCAAAGUUCGCAAGAUCGCGUCAACGCCUUCUGUAAAUCAUGGUGAUGCCACGGCCGCUGGAGCUCUGACGAUGCGACCAGACAAGACCACACACAGACUGAUGCUGGAGCUGGCCAGACGCGAGGCGGAUCAUGAGCUGGAGGAGCUCGUUAUCAAAGACACUUCAACCAAAAAAUAGAAACAGUCUUUAAAGCUUAACGAUAUGUUUGCCGCGAUCGCGCUUUCUGCUCAAAAACUGCUUCAAAUGUAAAAAAAGUACUUGUGCUUGCUAUAGUGAAUACCGCAAUCAUUGAUCCAUCUCUUCGCUUUUCAAAAUUGUGGUUUCGUUGGAUGGAGAGCUUCGUGACCCAGGGUGCUGCUGCUGUUGUUCCUCUGGACUUGGCAUGGAUGAUUCAGGCUGGUCCUUAUUCCUUGCAUGACUAGCCUCGUCAUCACCAGAUUGUCCGUCCGUCGUCUCCACAGGUGCAUCUCCUUGACCAGAAUCCCCUUGAUCAGCAUCACCUUGACCAGCACCGCCUUGGCCAGCAUCGCCUUGGCCAGCAUCGCCUUGACCAGCAUCG